GCGCUGGACUACUGUCACAGUAUGGGGGUCAUGCAUCGAGACGUCAAACCGCACAACGUCAUGAUUGACCACGAGCACAGAAAGUUACGCCUGAUCGACUGGGGGCUGGCCGAGUUCUACCACCCCGGCCAGGAGUACAACGUGCGGGUGGCCUCGCGGUACUUCAAGGGACCGGAGCUCUUGGUAGAUUACCAGAUGUACGACUACAGCUUGGACAUGUGGAGUUUAGGCUGCAUGCUGGCCAGCAUGAUCUUCCGGAAAGAGCCCUUCUUCCACGGUCACGACAACUACGAUCAACUCGUGCGCAUUGCGAAAGUGCUGGGGACGGAGGACCUGUACGACUACAUCGACAAGUACAACAUCGAGCUCGAUCCCCGCUUCAACGACAUCCUCGGCAGACACUCACGGAAGCGGUGGGAACGCUUCGUGCACAGCGAGAACCAGCACCUCGUCAGCACCGAAGCCCUCGACUUUUUGGACAAGCUGCUGCGCUACGACCACCAGACACGACUCACUGCCCGGGAUGCCAUGGAGCACCCGUACUUCUACCCCAUAGCAAAAGACCCAGCGAGGAUCGGCCCCUCGGCUGGACUCUCGGCCAGUAACACGCCUGUCAGCUCCUCCAGUAUGUUGGCAGGUAUUACCUCGAUGUCCGCCUCCCAGCCCAUCGGCAGCCUGGCUGCGUCGCCCGUCAUCUCCUCUCCCAACGCUUUGGGUUCGCCGGUUCCCGCCGCAGCCGGCGUGCAGCCCUGAACUCGCCUCUCGAUCGCCGGCUUCCCGCAGCGCCGAGGCCGGUGCCGCGCCUGCCUUCUGCCCUCCUGCCUGCGCCUCCAGAGCCACGGGCUCCAGCAGCCCCUGCCCAGAGGCAGAAACGGG